UCCAUGAAUCCCGCCCGCGAAGACUCCCGCUCGUUGGAAGAGGACGAGACGAGGAGGAGGAGGAGACCGGUGAUGCCGGAAAUGGCGACAGAAGGCAACGGAGGCUGCGACGCUCGGGAUUGGGACGAAGAAGGCUACAGGAAGAGCAUUCUGCAGGAGAGGGAGCUCCGAUGUCGAACCGUCUUUAGGACCGCAUUCGCACCCUCCCAAAGCCCUAACCCCGAAACCGUCGUCGUCGCCUCCAGCGAUGGUGCCGUCGCUUCGUACUCCUUGGCGUCCUGCAUUUCCGCUACCUCUCAGCCUAUGCAUGUAGAUAAGGUUGUCAAUCAAAAAACUCUUCCUGGUCCUUUACUGGCUGAGCCACUUUUUAUCAUUAAAGGGCACAAGGGCCCUGCAUAUGAUUUGAAGUUCUAUUGGCAAGGAGAGGAAUGUUUACUUUUCAGUUGUGGUGAUGAUGGUCACUUACGGGGAUGGAAUUGGAAGGAACUGCUGAAUUCUGACAUUCAUGGGGAUAUGCAAGGAAAUUCUUUGAAGCCAAUACUUGACUUGGCAAAUCCUCAACAUGAGGGUCCUUGGGGUGCUCUAUCUCCAAUACCUGAAAACAAUGCCAUUGCAAUUGACGAACAGGAAGGCUCUGUUUUUUCAGCUGCUGGUGAUGCUUGUGCAUACUCUUGGGAUGUGGAAACAGGAAAACAAAAAAUGGUCUUCAAGGGCCAUGCAGACUAUUUGCAUUGUAUCACUGCUCGUAAAUCUUGUCAUCAGAUUAUAACAGGUUCAGAGGAUGGAACAACACGAAUCUGGGAUUGUAGAAGUGGAAUUUGCACACAAGUUAUACGUCCAGAGAAGAACUUUAAGUCUAAGGUGUCUUCAUGGGUCAGCUGUGUUGCCACUGAUACAAGUGAAAGUUGGCUGGCUUGUGGUACUAGUACUGGGUUAUCAGUUUGGAGUCUGCUAUCUAGUGAAUGCAUUUUCAGCAUAAAUAGUCAUUCCCCGGUGCAAGAUUUACUGUUUGAUGAUCACCAAAUCCUGGCUGUGGGAUCGGAGCCUGUGCUCACACGUUUCAGCAUCAAUGGAGCUGCACUUUCACAAAUAAAAUGUGCACCUCAGUCGGCAUUUUCCGUAUCCCUUCACCCUUCUGGAGUUAUAGCGAUUGGUGGCUAUGGCGCACUGGUGGACGUCUUAUCACAAUACGGGAGCCAUCUGUGCACGUUUUGCUGUGCAGGCUUGGAUACAUGACAGAAGGUAUUAUUGGUUUGUUGCACCGAGAUCCAAUUCAUGCUAUCUACGCUUGCCUCGACCUAAUGUUUUAUGACCAAGGAUUAGCUUCAGAGAGUGAAAAGCCUUCCCCCGACUUCUCCAAGGAUCCUUUGUAUGGGAUCUUUUCUCCAGAUCUUCUCGUGCUGUACCAUCUUCAUACACUCUGCACGGGAUUUUUCUCUCGAGCAUGGAGACCUGUAAUAGAGUUUGACCAUGUUGAUCCAAGUUUCA